CUUCCUGUAACACUGCCUUUCAGGAAGCAAGAGCAGCAAAAAGAUGACAACUGGGUGUACACUUGAGUUGUGCACUGAGGCUUAAACUGAACUUCCUGUUUUGUUUUAGUUGCCCAUUCUAUCCCUGUGGUUCCUCAUUUUGUUCAGGCAGAGCCAACCGCAGCCUGCUGUGCCUCUGCAGGACCCCCUCACCCCCCUGCCCCCAGUCCUUUCUGUUAAGAGAAUCUAUUAGCCAUUCCCCAGCAUUCUUUUCCAGAGUCCUAACUGGAAGACUUUUGGUUGCUUUAGGGGUGAGUUAUUUCCCAUUGUCCCUUACAGCACCUCGCCCCCCCACCCCCAACUCCCAAUAACCAUUUGAUUUGGAGAUGCUGCACUGACUCAUUGAACUUCAGGGAGGUUCUUACCCUGGCUUUGCUGUGUUCUGCUUUGGGAAUGAUGUAUUUUGGUGUUUACCCAUCUCAGUCAUUCCAGUCACACCUGUACAACCAGGCUGUGUACCCCAGGGGUGUCACCAGUCACAUAUGUGCAACCUGGCUGUGUACCUCAGGGGUGUCACCAGUCACACCUGUGCAACCUGGCUGUGUACCCCAGGUGUGUCACCAGUCACACCUGUGCAACCUGGCUGUGUACCCCAGGUGUGUCACCAGUCAUACCUGUGCAACCUGGCUGUGUACCCCAGGUGUGUCACCAGUCACACCUGUGCAACCUGGCUGUGUACCCCAGGUGUGUCACCAGUCAUACCUGUGCAAUCUGGCUGUGUACCUCAGGCUGUGUACCCCAGGUGCAUCACCAGUCACACCUGUGCAACCUGGCUGUGUACCCCAGGUGUGUCACCAGUCACACCUGUGCAACCUGGCUGUGUACCCCAGGUGUGUCACCAGUCACACCUGUGCAAGCAGGCUGUGUACCCCAGGGGUGUCACCAGUCACACCUGUGCAACCUGGCUGUGUACCUCAGGGGUGUCACCAGUCACACCUGUGCAACCUGGCUGUGUACCUCAGGGGUGUCACCAGUCACACCUGUGCAACCUGGCUGUGUACCCCAGGUGUGUCACCAGUCACACCUGUGCAAGCAGGCUGUGUACCCCAGGUGCAUCACCAGUCACACCUGUGCAACCUGGCUGUGUACCCCAGGGGUGUCACCAGUCACAUGUGCAUAUCAAGCAUUGAUAGGAACUUCCUGUUGGUCUAACUUCAUUGUAAAAUUUCUGAUCUU